AUGCGCUUCUUGGUUCCAUUUACGCUACUGGUCGCCACGGCCGUGGCUUUGCAGAGCCCUCACCGAAAAGCCGCAUCGUUGAAACAACGCGCGAAAAGAUUCAUUAAAAGAGAUGCUCAACCUGUUCAGACCAGCCACCAAUAUUUGAACAACGAGACAGAGCAAUUCCUGGUCGACGGAAAAGAUUUCCCGGAAGUCCCCUUCGACAUUGGUGAGAGUUAUUCUGGGCUUCUCCCUAAUACACCCCACGGGGAUUCAAGCCUAUUCUUUUGGUUUUUCCCAUCUAGCAACCCAGAUGCGAAAAAUGAGAUCACAAUCUGGCUGAAUGGAGGGCCUGGAUGCAGCUCACUCGAUGGACUUCUACAAGAAAAUGGCCCCUUUCUUUGGCAAUCCGGAACGCAUGCGCCCGUUCGAAACCCUUACUCAUGGACGAAUCUGACAAAUGUCGUGUACAUUGACCAACCUGCUGGUACAGGAUUUUCUCCUGGACCCUCUACCGUUCAGAAUGAGAUCGAUGUCUCAAAUCAGUUCAAUGAUUUCUGGAAGAGAUUUAUUCAAACCUUCAGUAUGCAAGGAUACAAGGUGUAUAUCACUGGAGAGAGCUAUGCAGGCCAAUAUAUUCCUUAUCUGGCUUCAGGGAUGCUGGAUCGCAAAGACACUACUUACUUUAACUUGAAGGGCAUCCAAAUCAAUGACCCAUCUAUCAAUGAGGAUAACGUGAUGAUGUACGCUCCUGCGGUUGCCGCUUUGAAUCACUUUUCUACCGUGUUUUCAUUGAACGAUACCUUCAUGGAAGAGAUCAAUAAUCGCGCUGAGGAAUGCGGAUAUAACAAAUUCCUUAACGAAGCGCUGACAUUCCCCCCACCCCAGGAUUUUCCGACUGCUCCAGAUCCAAAUCAGGAGGGAUGUGAUGUCUGGGAUCAGAUCGUCAAGGCUGCGACUUACAUCAAUCCAUGCUUCAAUAUGUAUCAUCUGACGGACUUCUGUCCAUUCCUGUGGGAUGAGAUGGGCUUCCCUUCCCUGGCGGGAGGCCCGAACGACUACUUCAACCAGUCCGCUGUUCAGAAGGCAUUGCAUGUUCCGCCGACAAACUAUGCAGUUUGUGGAGGUGAAAUCUUCCCAUAUGGAGACGGGUCAGUUCCAAGCGCUCUUGGCCCGCUCCCGAGUGUCAUCGAGCGAACAAACAAUGUGUUGAUUGGUCACGGCUGGUAUGAUUAUCUAUUAUUUUUGAAUGGAUCCUUAGCCACAAUCCAGAGCAUGACUUGGAACGGUGCCCAGGGAUUCGAAAAGCCGGCCCUUGAAGAACCGCUUUUCGUCCCUUAUACUCAUGCACUGGAUGAGAUCGCCAAUGGAAAUGCACAAAUCCCAUUUACGGCUGAUGCGGGAGCUGGUAUACUAGGCACCGCCCAUACUGAGCGUGGCUUAACGUUCAGCACAGUGUAUGGAUCUGGACAUGAAAUCCCUCAAUACGUUCCUGGUGCUGCAUAUCGACAGCUUGAAUUCCUACUAGGCCGGAUCAAGAGCCUUCAGCAGAAGGGGCCUUUCACCACCCAAUGA